UAACCUGAUGAUGACACCGGUGACCUGGCCUGAUGCACAGAGUUACUGCAGGGUGAUGUACACUGACCUGGCAACAAUCCUAAGUGAUACUGAUUGGCUACGAUUUGAGAAAGAAGCAGCAAGCAAAGGUCUGACAACAUCUGCCUGGGUCGGAUUGUACAAUGAUAUCAAUAGCUGGCGCUGGUCCUUAAACGAUCUCCCACUGAAGAAUGUCCCUUAUACCAAUUGGUACACUGGACAGCCUGAUAAUGUUGGUGGAAAACAAGCAUGUGUUCUAAUAAAUAUAAAUGGUGAAUGGCAUGAUAAACAAUGUACAGACCUAUUUCCCUUCAUAUGCUACAAUGCUAAUUUCAGUGGUGCUGCCAGGUUCAUCGGCAUCAGAAGUCCUCUGUUGACCUGGACUCAAGCUCAAACUUACUGCCGAACACAUCACACAGACUUGGCCAGCUCUCUGAACAGUUCAGACAACAUGAUGUUAGACCAGGUGAGGAAUAUCCAGGGUAAUUCCUGGAUUGGGCUUUACACAGGCACUUGGAAGUGGUCAGACGGGACCAACGCUUCAAACAUCCCAUGGGCUCCUGGAGAACCUGAUAAUGCUGGGGGUUACGAGUACUGUGCAGUGGUUAAUAACGGACUGUUCUAUGAUGAACAAUGCACCAACCUGCACUAUUUCUUCUGUCACACCAUUUACCCAGCGAGGAGUCAGUUAAUGAGACUGCAGGUGAAGUCUGAUGGGAGUGUGUUUGAUGCUGCUGUGCAGUCGUCCAUUUUAGAUCAGAUCAAACAGAAACUGGAGGAAAAAGGCAUGUUGGAGAACACCACAGUGACCUGGAAGGUGCAGCCAGAUGGAAACAUCUUCCACAAGAAAAAGGAUGAUCUGUAA